CUCAGGGUUAAGCUGACACCCACUUAUGACGCCAAACGUCUGCGCCGCUGUCUUACCACGUGGGCACGCUCGUGCAGAGGCAGCAAAACAUCCGCAGUGACGCUCGCGCUUGCUCGUCUUCAGUGCGCGAGCAUGAAACUAACUUUUUCUUUGUUUCUUUUUUGUGUCAUUAAAUAAAAAAAUUAAAAAAAUCAAACUAAAGAGCCGACGCCGCUUUUCGCUCUCGGAGGAACUCCUGUUUGUUUUCCGGACCAUGCCCCACGACCCCGACCCUCCUCCGGCUAAGAAAUUCAAGCCGGGCUCCGUCUUCUUCCGCCUCGAUAAGAACAAGCCUGGAAUGCUGCUGCCGAGAAAGGGGAAUGUCAGCACCGCGAUAGACGUCCAGAGGAAGCAGCUCCCCAUCUACCAGGCCAAGCCGCAGCUGCUGAACCAGCUGAGGCAGCUGCACAACGCCAUCCUCAUAGGGGAGACUGGCUCUGGGAAGACCACUCAGAUCCCCCAGUAUCUGUACGAGGCCGGCAUCGGACGACAGGGCAUCGUCGCCAUCACUCAGCCCCGUCGGGUUGCUGCAAUCUCACUUGCAGGGAGGGUGGCAGAGGAGAAGAGGACCCAGCUUGGCAAACUGGUCGGUUACACGGUGCGCUUUGAGGAUGUCACCUCGCCUGAGACGAAGCUGAAGUUCAUGACAGAUGGCAUGCUCCUGCGCGAGGCCAUCGGAGACCCUUUACUUCUGCGAUACACCGUGGUGGUCCUGGAUGAAGCUCACGAGCGCACCGUGCACACCGAUGUGCUGUUCGGCGUGGUUAAGACUGCUCAGCGCAGACGCAGGGAACUUAAUAAGAUUCCCCUGAAGGUCAUAGUGAUGUCAGCCACCAUGGACGUGGAUUUGUUCUCUGAGUACUUCAACAAGUCCCCUGUGCUCUACCUGGAGGGCAGGCAGCAUCCCAUUCAGAUCUACUACACCAAGCAGCCCCAGUCAGACUAUCUGCAGGCUGCGCUCGUCUCUGUCUUCCAGAUCCAUCAGGAGGCGCCUCCGUCCCAUGACAUCUUAGUCUUCAUGACGGGUCAGGAGGAGAUCGAGGCACUGGCGAGGACGUGCCGGGACAUCGCUAAGCAUUUGCCUGACGGCUGUGGUCCCAUGGUAGUCAUUCCUUUGUACGCGUCGCUACCCCCAACACAACAGCUCAGGGUCUUCCAGCCAGCUCCCAAGGGAUGUAGGAAAGUCAUCCUCUCGACCAACAUCGCAGAGACAUCAGUUACAAUCUCCGGGAUCAAAUACGUCAUAGACACAGGGAUGGUGAAGGCCAAACGAUUCAAUCCUGACAGCGGGCUGGAGGUGCUGGCCGUGCAGCGGGUCUCCAAAGCCCAGGCGUGGCAGCGGGCGGGCCGGGCCGGCAGGGAGGACUCUGGCUCCUGCUAUCGUCUCUACACCGAGCAGGAAUUUGACAACCUCAUCCCUAUGACUGUGCCUGAGAUCCAGAGGUGUAACUUAUCCGGUGUGAUGCUGCAGCUCAUGGCUCUGGGGAUUCCAGAUGUGAUGAAUUUUGAUUUCAUGUCCAAGCCUUCUCCAGAGGCCGUUCGUUCCGCUGUGGACCAUUUGGAGCUGCUGGGAGCUGUGGAGAAGAAGGAGGGGCAGGUUUUCCUCACUGCUCUGGGAAAAAAGAUGGCAAGCUUCCCUCUGGAGCCCAGAUACGCCAAGACCAUCCUGUUGUCCCCCGACUACUCCUGUUCGGAGGAGAUUCUAAGCAUCGUGUCUCUGCUGUCAGUGGACACUGUGCUGUACAACCCUCCAGCCCGGAGGGAAGAGGUGCUUGCCGCACGCAAGAAGUUCAGCUCCAGCGAAGGAGACCACAUGACACUGCUCAACAUUUACAGAGCGUUCAAGAAAGUCAGCGGUAACAAGGAGUGGUGUCGGGAAAACUUUGUCAACAGCAGGAACAUGGGUCUGGUGAAAGAAGUCCAGGCGCAACUCAGAGAUAUCUGCCUUAAGCUGAAUCUGAAGCUGGAGUCAUGCGGGGCGGAAACGGGGAACGUCCGCCGCUGCCUCGCCCACGGGAUGUUCGUCAACGCAGCAGAGCUACAACCUGACGGCAGCUACUUAGCUCUGGAUACCCACCAGCCUGUGGCCAUCCACCCGUCCUCCGUCCUUUUCCAGGCCAAGCCAGCGUACGUCGUCUUCAACGAGCUGCUGCACACCUCCCGCUGCUACAUGAGGGACCUGUGUUUGGUGGACGCCGACUGGCUGCUGGACGCGGCGCCGGAGUACUUCGGCCGCAAACUCCGACCAACCAAGAGCUAACCAACGGAGAAACCUGAACUGAAGGAAAACCUCUGCCUCAAAUCACACAGCGACAGUAAAACUGGAACGUGUGUUCUCUUCACAAAGCUGAAUUUGGAUACAGACACUUGUGAAAUCAGAACAGAACUUUCGUUCCGCGUGGUAAACUUUCUCUGGAUCACUACCUCCCAGUUGCAUUUGGCACGUGUCACUGCAGCAGAAAUCUGCAUCAUGAGGCCUCACGACUCUGACUUCCUGUAAGACUGUCGUUCAGAUUUUAUAAACUGCGUUUCUUCUGCCUGGUAGUAUUUCAUCUCAGCCAUUUAGCCACCGAUUUCUCACCUUAAAAAAAAAAAAAGAGUCUUUUUGAGGUGUAACACUUCAGUUCUUUCAACACGUGCAUGCAUUUUAACAACGCAGAUAACCUCACAGGAGCACAGCUCCUAUCCGUCGAUGACAUGUUUAAUCUAAUCAGAUUAGGUAGAAUGCUACUCUACAUGUGUUUUCACCAAAUAUUAUGCCACCCAAUUUAACUUGACACAGCAGCACAGGGGAAACUGAUCUUAAAAAAAAGAAAGAAAAGAAAACACAAUAAAUGUAAUAAAAUACCUCUGAGUUGUUAGCUUGUCACAAGCUAAGCGAGGCAGUCUCGUGUAGUUUAUACAAAGUGUUCUUAAAGGGUUUCAUAUAUGCAAAGACAGUUUGUCUUGAUCUAUGAGAUUAUGAAAUUACCGGUACAAGAAAAAUCCGCGCUCGAGUUUGGGGGGUUUAAAAUACGAGGUUCUGAUUUCACUUUGAUAGUUACGCUACAUGCAGCGCUCAUGUUAUCUCGUGCAUGCCUUUUUUACAGUCGAUGAUUGUAUCAGCAGUUCCCCCCCAAAUAAGACGCACACGAGGAGAAGUAGCAUGCCUUAUUCUCCGGGUUCUACCCUUUUUCUGUUGUAUGUUACUCAGCCUCUGCACAGACUAACCACAGAUGUAUGCUGACGACAAAUGUAUGCAAUGCAUGGAGUUUCUAGUCAAUGAUCUGAUCGCUCAGGUCUUUCAUACUUUGUAGAGUCAUCACCAUGUUGAGGAAUAUGAUGGAUGCUCCUCUUGUCUCUUUUUCUACACUGGACUCAGGAUUGUACAAUAUACUCUGUAACCUGAAUAAAUCACACGGACGAUUUCUAACUUUUAAAAAUACCAAAUGCAUCUGGGGUUUCUGUGGAGAGUCAUCAGACUAUGUUACAAAGACGCCGUGUGGUCAGUGUUUGGAUCUCUCACAGAUGAUUUAUUUUCAGUCACAAAAGAAAAGUAGGCCAUUUAAGAUCUGCAUGUUAUGAAGUUUGUAAGAUCGAAUGCACGCCUUUUGAGGAGUUUAUUAAGAGUAUAUUUAAUAUGAUUUGUUAAACCACUAUUGGUAGAAUUUCUAAUAAAAACACAGUCACUGUUCCACAGA